AUGCCCAAGUACUAUUGCGAUUACUGUGAUGUAUACCUAACACACGAUUCGUCCUCGGUACGCAAAGCCCAUAAUAAUGGCAAGAAUCAUAUAAUGAACGUACGAAAUUAUUAUGCAGAGUUGGGACAGGAUAAAGCGCAAGCUAUUAUUGAUGAAAUCACAAGAGCGUAUGAGCGAGUAGGUCAAUCAGGUUUUCCUGCACAAUACGGAUAUGCUCCAGGUGCUCCGCACCCCCCAGCUACAUCAAAUCCACCAGCUCCACCGUUUGGUGCACCACCGCUUAUGCUUGGAAGAUCACAACAUCAUGGAACAGCUGCGCAUGGAGCAACUGGUGCCCCGCCUGGUGUAGGACAUCCAUCGAUGAUGCGUCCGCCAUUAGCAGCACAAGCAUCUUCAGGUCCAGGAAUGUCUCCAACGUCGUUAACGCAACCAUUUGGCGGUCUACCACAACCGCCAUACAUGAGACCACCAGUUGGAGCACCGCCUGGCCAUUACUCCGGACCAAUGCCUCCUCCUCCGGGAACUCAUCCACCAGGGCCGUAUCCUCCCGGUGGACCAACUUCACCGAUCGGGCCACCUCCACCGGGAGCUGCUCUACCACCAGGCGUUUCGCGUUUUACAUCUUUUUAUUAA